GCCUUCCCCUCGAGUUCGUAAGUUCGUAUUCACAUCUCCCUCUCCUCUUUCUCUCUCUAAAACCCCCAAAUUCAGAUUUGCGAGAAGACAAAAAUGGAUGCAAUUGACUCCGUUGUCGAUCCUCUCAGAGACUUCGCCAAGGACAGUGUUCGCCUCGUCAAGAGGUGCCACAAGCCCGAUCGCAAAGAAUUCUCCAAAGUGGCGCUCCGUACCGCGAUCGGGUUCGUCGUCAUGGGAUUCGUUGGUUUUUUUGUGAAACUGAUAUUCAUCCCCAUCAACAACAUUAUCGUCGGCUCCGCUUAGGUUUUUGUUGUAAGAGAAAAGCUGCUGGAAAGAGGUCGUAAUUGAUGCAACUUGUAAUUCACAGAGGAUCGAAUAGCGCUUAGUUUAUUUUCUAUUUCGUUAGUUAAAUUUCAACACUUUGGAUUUACAUGUGCGAAACCAUGGAAAUUCAAACUUUUUUUUUUGUUUUGAUAAUAUCAGUAUUAUGAUUCAAAUUUUAGUUGA